CACUUGUGAGAGGCAACGAGGGAAAGCCGCUUCGCUGCCAAUGCGAUACGACACGAAGUGAGACAGCGCACGGCUUCUGGGGUGACACACCUGCAGUAUUGGAGAGACGUAAGAGUAAGAAUUACCCGGAUUAAUCGUAACAGCGGCACGGAAGAAUUGCGCCCACGAUCAACAGUGCUGCCGUCCUUCAAAGCCUCUUUCGCACACUGGAGUUGAUGAGAGGACAGCACGUUCAUUAUCCAGCAACUCCACGCCUCAACUUUUAUGGAUGCACGUGCAAUUUUUUGAAACUUCAUCCCAGGAUUAGUGCGGGAUUUGGAGCGAGAUCUGCUGGAAGAGGCACGCACGGGGAUGAAGUCGGCGGGGGUCGGUGACGGGAGCCUCUUCACAGAGAGCUACUGCAACAUCUGUAACGCUCAGCUGAUCUCAGAGUCCCAGCGCGUCGCACACUACGAGAGCAAGAAGCAUGCCAACAAAGUACGUCUCUUCUACAUGCUGCACCCUGAGGACGGGGGCCCACCAUCCAAGAGACUGAGGCCUGACAACCCGGACAGCGAUGAGACUGAAGUGGACCGAAACAAGUGCUGCACCCUCUGCAACAUGUUCUUCACCUCCGCCAUAGUCGCCCAGUCCCACUACCAGGGCAAGACCCACGCCAAGAGAGUGCGCCUGGUCCUGGGGGAGCCACCCAGCACGCCCACUCCCACAGACUCUGCCCCCAGCACACCUCAGUCCGUUGACCCACCCCCACCGCCACCCCCCUCGUGGCACUCGGCCAAUAACGGAGAAGCGGGGAAGUUCUGCUGCCUGUGCGGCGCCUGGUUCAACAACCCGCUCAUGGCGCAGCAGCACUACGAGGGCAAGAAGCACAAGAGGAACGCAGCACGGGCGCGGCUGCUGGAGCAGCUGGCGGGGAGCCUGGACGCCACGGAAACCACAGGUCUGCGCAGCAGCUACUCCUGCAGUGUGUGCAACGUGAUCCUCAACUCCAUCGAGCAGUACCACGCCCACCUCCAGGGUUCCAAGCACCAGAACAACUUAAAGCAACACCAGAAGUAAGAACAGACGACUUGGUGAGACAGACCAGAGGGUGAUGUCAGAAGGGCACGUGUUGUGACGUGUGCGCAUGCAGUGUGUUGCGGACAUGAGAAUGCGUGUGUAUUUGGACCCGCCCUCCGGUUCUGUGACAUCUCUGCAGCGACUGGCAGCUUUUGCUUCACUAAGGGUUUAACACUAAGGGUUGUAUUUAAAAAAAAAAAAACUGACAACAAACAAUGAAGAACAAA